GCCCGGGCCGGCUCGCGCGGGGGGUAUGAUGACCCGGCGGCGGGGCCCCGGAUCGCGUCUCCUCCGCCGCCUCCUCACGGCAGCCCCCAGUCGCGGCUGAGAACCACACACACCGGCGGUAUGGCAUCACAGCUGCAGGUGUUUUCCCCCCCAUCAGUGUCGUCCAGUGCCUUCUGCAGUGCGAAGAAACUGAAAAUAGAGCCCUCUGGCUGGGAUGUUUCAGGACAGAGCAGCAACGACAAAUACUAUACCCACAGCAAAACCCUCCCAGCCACACAAGGGCAAGCCGGCUCCUCUCACCAGGUAGCAAGUUUCAACAUUCCUGCCUACGAGCAGGGUCUCCUUCUCCCGGCUCCCGCAGUGGAGCACAUUGUUGUCACAGCUGCGGAUAGCUCCGGCAGUGCUGCCCCAUCCACUUUCCAAAGCAGCCAGACCCUGACUCACAGGAGCAACGUUUCUUUGCUUGAGCCAUAUCAAAAAUGUGGACUGAAAAGAAAAAGUGAGGAAGUCGACAGCAACGGUAGCGUGCAGAUCAUAGAAGAACACCCCCCUCUCAUGCUGCAAAACAGAACUGUGGUGGGUGCUGCUGCCACGACCACCACUGUGACCACGAAGAGUAGCAGUUCUAGCGGAGAAGGUGAUUACCAGCUGGUUCAGCAUGAGAUCCUUUGCUCCAUGACCAACAGCUAUGAAGUCUUGGAGUUCCUAGGCCGGGGGACAUUUGGGCAGGUGGCGAAGUGCUGGAAGCGCAGCACCAAGGAAAUCGUGGCUAUUAAAAUCUUGAAGAACCACCCUUCCUAUGCCAGACAGGGACAGAUUGAAGUGAGCAUUCUUUCCCGCCUAAGCAGUGAAAAUGCCGAUGAGUAUAAUUUUGUCCGUUCGUAUGAGUGCUUUCAGCAUAAGAAUCAUACCUGCCUUGUGUUUGAGAUGUUGGAGCAGAACUUGUAUGAUUUUCUAAAGCAGAACAAGUUUAGCCCACUGCCACUCAAGUACAUCAGACCCAUCUUGCAGCAGGUUGCCACAGCCUUGAUGAAGCUAAAGAGCCUUGGUUUGAUUCAUGCUGACCUUAAGCCUGAAAACAUAAUGCUGGUUGAUCCAGUUCGCCAACCCUACCGAGUGAAGGUCAUUGACUUUGGGUCUGCUAGUCACGUUUCUAAAGCUGUGUGUUCAACCUACCUACAGUCCCGUUACUACAGAGCCCCGGAGAUUAUCCUUGGCUUACCAUUUUGUGAAGCUAUUGAUAUGUGGUCAUUGGGCUGUGUAAUAGCUGAGCUGUUCCUGGGAUGGCCUCUUUAUCCUGGUGCUUCAGAAUAUGACCAGAUUCGUUACAUUUCACAAACACAAGGCCUGCCUGCUGAAUAUCUUCUCAGUGCUGGAACAAAAACAACCAGGUUUUUCAACAGAGAUCCUAAUUUGGGAUAUCCAUUGUGGAGGCUUAAGACACCUGAAGAACAUGAGUUGGAGACUGGAAUAAAGUCAAAAGAAGCUCGGAAGUACAUUUUUAACUGUUUAGAUGACAUGGCUCAGGUAAAUAUGUCUACAGAUUUAGAGGGAACAGACAUGUUGGCAGAGAAGGCGGAUCGAAGAGAGUACAUUGAUCUGUUGAAGAAAAUGCUAACAAUUGAUGCAGAUAAGAGAGUCACUCCUCUGAAAACUCUUAAUCACCAGUUUGUGACAAUGACUCACCUUUUGGAUUUUCCGCAUAGUAAUCAUGUUAAGUCUUGCUUCCAGAACAUGGAAAUCUGCAAGCGGAGGGUUCACAUGUAUGACACCGUGAGUCAAAUCAAGAGUCCCUUCACCACACAUGUGGCUCCAAAUACAAGCACAAAUCUGACCAUGAGCUUUAGCAACCAGCUCAAUACAGUGCACAAUCAGGCCAGUGUUCUUGCUUCCAGUUCUACUGCAGCCGCUGCUACUCUUUCUCUGGCUAAUUCGGAUGUCUCACUGCUAAACUACCAGUCAGCUUUGUACCCAUCAUCUGCUGCGCCAGUUCCUGGAGUGGCCCAGCAGAGUGUCUCCUUGCAACCUGGAACCACCCAGAUUUGCACCCAAACAGAUCCAUUCCAACAAACGUUUAUAGUGUGUCCACCUGCUUUCCAAACAACUGGGCUACAAGCAACAACAAAGCAUUCUGGAUUCCCUGUGAGGAUGGAUAAUGCUGUGCCAAUUGUGCCCCAGGCGCCAGCUGCACAGCCACUACAGAUACAGUCAGGAGUGCUUACGCAGGGAAGCUGUACACCACUAAUGGUAGCAACUCUCCACCCUCAAGUAGCCACCAUCACACCGCAGUAUGCGGUGCCCUUUACUCUGAGCUGCGCAGCCGGCCGGCCGGCGCUGGUUGAACAGACUGCGGCUGUACUGCAAGCAUGGCCUGGAGGAACUCAACAAAUUCUCCUGCCUUCAACUUGGCAACAGUUGCCUGGCGUAGCUCUCCACAACUCUGUCCAGCCUACAGCAGUGAUUCCAGAGGCCAUGGGGAGUGGCCAGCAACUGGCAGACUGGAGGAAUGCCCAUUCUCAUGGCAGCCAGUACAGCACCAUCAUGCAGCAGCCAUCCUUGCUGACUAGCCAUGUGACUCUGGCCACUGCCCAGCCUUUGAAUGUUGGUGUUGCCCAUGUUGUCAGACAACAGCAAUCCAGUUCCCUGCCUUCAAAGAAGAAUAAGCAGUCUGCUCCAGCCUCUUCUAAAUCUUCUCUGGAUGUUCUGCCUUCCCAAGUCUACUCCCUGGGUGGGAGCAGUCCUCUCCGUACCACGUCUUCUUAUAACUCCUUAGUCCCUGUCCAAGAUCAGCACCAGCCAAUCAUCAUUCCUGAUACUCCCAGCCCUCCUGUGAGUGUCAUCACCAUCCGAAGUGACACUGAUGAGGAAGAGGACAACAAAUACAAGCCCAAUAGCUCUGGCCUGAAGGCAAGGUCUAAUGUCAUCAGUUAUGUCACUGUGAAUGAUUCUCCAGACUCUGACUCUUCCCUGAGCAGCCCGUAUUCCACUGAAGCCCUGAGCACUCUCCGGGGCAGUAGCGGACCACUGCUUGAGGGAGCUGGCAGGACUGUGGCAGAUAGCAGUGGCGCCCGCACCAUCAUUGUGCCUCCACUGAAGACACAGCUUGGUGACUGCACCGUAGCAACCCAGGCCUCAGGUCUCCUUAGCAGUAAGACUAAGCCAGUGGCUUCAGUGAGUGGGCAGUCGUCUGGAUGCUGUAUCACCCCCACAGGGUACCGAGCUCAACGCGGGGGGACCAGCGCAGUGCAGCCACUCAACCUCAGCCAGAACCAGCAAUCAUCGUCGGCUCCAACUUCGCAAGAGAGAAGCAGCAACCCUGCUCCCCGCAGACAGCAGGCAUUUGUUGCCCCACUCUCCCAAGCCCCUUAUGCCUUUCAGCACGGCAGCCCACUACACUCGACAGGGCAUCCACACCUGGCCCCAGCCCCUGCUCACCUGCCAAGCCAGCCUCACCUGUAUACGUACGCUGCCCCCACCUCUGCUGCUGCGUUGGGCUCCACCAGCUCCAUUGCUCAUCUUUUCUCCCCACAGGGCUCCUCAAGGCAUGCUGCAGCCUACGCCACCCACCCUAGCACUCUGGUGCACCAGGUCCCUGUCAGUGUUGGGCCUAGCCUCCUCACUUCUGCCAGUGUUGGCCCUGCUCAGUACCAACACCAGUUUGCCACUCAGUCCUACAUUGGGUCGUCCCGAGGCUCAACAAUUUACACUGGAUACCCGCUGAGUCCCACCAAGAUCAGCCAGUAUUCUUAUUUGUAGUUUGGUGAGCUCGAAGGAGGAGGGUUCAUGGCUACUGCUACUGGCCCCGAGUUCUUAAUAACGGGCUAUGGUGAGCACCUCCAUUGUCUUCUCUUGAAACUCCUUAGCCAGCAACUCAUUCUGCAGGGGCCCACUGAAGCAGAAGUCUUUUCUCUGGAGAACCUGUCUCAGUAUUGACUGCAUUGUUGUAGUCUCCCAAAGUCUGCCCUAUUUUUUAAUUCUUUAUUUUUGUGACAGCAAUUUUGGUGUUUGGAAGAAUUCGGAAGUCCAUCUCUGCAGUUACCAAACAGAGAUUGUUCUGAAGUUCCUCUAUAAGAUCUAUUUUGUCUCUCUGGCUUGAUUUCCAUAAAUGCUUUUCAAAACAAGUGACAACCUUCUUAUUUAACUUUAUUUUAUUGUGAUUGCUGGCCAGAGGGAAAAUGCAGAUAAAAAGGAUUUGAAAUCUAAUAACAGGUGAGAAGAGAAAAAUCAUUACUUUGUGUUUGUUUAAAAACCAAGAGAUAUUUGUCUCUUAUUUUAAAAAGCAGCUUAUACAAGUUAGGCAUUUCUCCUCCAAAGUUUAUCUUUGUUUAUGGAACAUUUAAACUUAAAGUGUUUUAGUUUUUCUUUCAUGUUGCAUUAUAUUUGGGGCAGUUUUUAUUUUUUGACUGGUUAAGUGUUGAGAUCUUCCCUCUUAGUGCUGUGUUCAUUACAAAGUAGUGGUGAAAAGAUAGCUCACUCUUUGCUGGUAACUCACUGUGAGAGAAUUGAUGUUCACCAUGAAAGCACCAAGUAUUUUUAAAUGAAGCACCGUGAAUUCUUUUUUAAAUUAUUUUUUUAAAGUCCUCCUUCUCGCUCUGGUUCAACUUAAAUUUUAUUACUAGAAAAGCCAUUAAAGGUGAUUCUGUUGUAUGGCAGUGGCUUAACUAUAUGCAAAAUCUCUCCAGUAUGAGAUACUGGCAAUGAUGAGCUUUGCCUGAAAAAUUCUGUGAAGUUCAGUAAUACACCUCUAUGUUUUCCUCGUCUCUCCCUUCUGUUUUAUGUGAUUUAUUUGGGGAGAAGGCUGAAAAACUACAACCAGAUAAGAAGGUUGUUGUGUAUGCUUUUAUACUUUAAAGUUGCUUCCUUUGUAUGCCAACAGCAAUUGAAUGCUCUCUUAUGAAGACUUAUAUAAUAAGUGCAUGUAGGAAUUGCAAAAAAUAUUUUAAAAGUUUAUUACUGAAUUUAAAGAUAUUUUAGAAGUUUUGUAAUGGUGGUGUUUUAAUAUUUUGCAUAAUUAAAUAUGUACAUAUUGAUUAGAAAAUAUAACAAGCAAUUUUUCCUGCUAACCCAAAAUGUUAUUUGUAAUCAGAUGUGUAGUGAUUACACUUGAAUUGUGUAUUUAGUGUGUAUCUGAUCCUCCAGUGUUAACCCCGGAGAUAGAAUUAAUGUCUCCAUUGUAUUUAAACCAAAAUGAACUGAUACUUGUUGGAAUGUAUGUGAACUAAUUGCAAUUAUCUUAGAGCAUAUUACUGUAGCGCUGAAUGAGCAGGGGCAUUGCCUGCAAGGAGAGGAGACCCUUGGAAUUGUUUUGCACAGGUGUGUCUGGUGAGGAGUUGUUUAGUGUGUGUCUUUUUCUUCCCCUUCUCCUCCCUUCCCUUAUUGUAGUGCCUUAUAUGAUAAUGUAGUGGUUAAUAGUUUACAGUGAGCUUGCCUUAGGAUGGACCAGCAAAUCCCCGUGAACCCUAAGCUGUUCGCUGGGAUUUAUCAGAACAGGAUUAGUAGCUGUGUUGUGUAAAUGCAUUGUUCUCAGUUUCCUUGCCAACAUUGAAAAGUAAAAACAGCAGCUUGUCUUCUUUACUGCCAUUUAUUUCUAUCCCUUUCCAAUUCUCAGCUCAGUUCUCACAGAAGCAUUUUCCUAUGUGGCACUCUCACUGUGCAUUGCUACUUUGCUUCUGUGAGAGUUCAGGAAGCAGGUGAGAGGAGUCAAGCCAAUUUUAAAUAUAUGUAUUUUAAAAGUAUGUGCAAUCACUUAGGAUCAGAUUUUUUUUUCCUUUUCCCAUGUGGUAGUCCUUCCUGCACAUAGUUGACAUUGCUAGUAAAAUAUUUGCUUGUUGAAGAAAACAAAACCAUGUAACAGAUGUGUUUAUACCAAAGAGCCUGUUGUAUUGCUUACCAUGUCCCCAUACUACAAGGAGGAGUUUUGUAGAGCCACUGGUGACAAGAAACUCACAGAAAGUUUCUUCAUCAGUGAAGAAUGUUAAGAAGGAACCAGAGCCUUAUUGGGUCAUUGAGGCUUUUGAGGGCUCUUUUUAACAGCCUUUCUAUUCUUGGGGCCCUUCAAGCUGUGACCUUGUCCUAGUACUCUUAGCUCCUGCAUGGGUCUGGAUCAAGCUGAAGCUACUGGGGAUGGGAACGUUCCUGCCCAUGGAGGAUUUGAGAGGAGAAGGUUGACCCUAAGCUACUGAUGUGUUCCAUCUGAAUUGAAAAUUGUAUUUGAGGUAGUUCUAGGACCGGUUCUGUAGAGAGAUGGUGUCAGGGAGGUGCAGGUGGAGAUGGGAGAUUUCAUGGAACCUGGUCAGCAAGCUCUGUACCAGGUUAAACACCAAGGAACUGUCAAAGUGUUGGGAGUUCUUCAUCAUAGGGAGUAGGGCUUCCAGAAUGGGGCAGGUAGUCAUACAGCCUACCAGGAACAUGCUUUCUGUGUUUUAAAAAUAUUUAUUAAGCUAUGUGUUCAGCAUUCUUUUGGUCAAGACAACUAAGCCGUUUGUGAAGUUAGUGGUAAACAGUUCUCUCGUCAGUGUGUAUGACAUUUUUGUCUCCUUUUGUCCCCAAACACAUUCAGAUUUUGUUAAAUGCAGGUCUAGUUUCUAACGGUAACCUUUUUGUUCCUUAUAUUUCCUGUUCAAGGAAAAAGAUUUAUUGUUUUUGUAAUAAAUGAGAUGCUAGGGGAAAAAAAAAACAACCCCUACCCUGUCUCCCCAUUCAAUAAGCAGAUAUCAUUGAAGAUAGGAGUCCUAAAUCCAUGGGAAAAGAUAGUGUCCAAGAGCUUGUAUCUUUACCUUUUAUCAUCUGACUAGCAUUGUGUGUGGCUCUCAAAACUUCAGAGAUUGUCAGUCUGGAAACUGACAUUUCACAUUUUCCAAGAUAAAUAUUCAUCUGUGUCUACUGAAUGUGUAUGUACUGACAUGGUUUAGAAUCUGUCCCAGGGCUUCACUUUGAUUGCUAGCCCCAGUGGCAAGGAGGAAGCCCUGUAAAUGCAGUGAGCACCUGGCUCGGGUCAGCAUGGCCAGGCCUCUGUGAGAACUUGCAUUUCCAGCUUUUCCCUUUCUAGGUGAGAGAAGUGGAAAUGGUAAGGAGAGCCAGUAUGGCCAUCUAGGCACAUCAGGACACUUAUCACUCCAGAGUUCCUAAUAGCUCUCAGGAAGUGAUACCAUUUGUCGAGUUCAACUAACAUGCCAACCCCAGGAACAAAAACCCCAUUUCAAUCAGUACUGGCCAUUCUGAGCCUGCUUUGUGAUUGCUCAUCCAUCGUCCUCCACUAGAGGGGCUAAGCUUGACUUCCCUUAGCCAGGCAAGCACAGUAAGGUGUGUUUUAUUCUGCAUUAUAAUGCAGAAGUCUUCUAGUUGAGAUGGUUUGUUUUAGGAUAGGAAAUGAAAUUGCCUCUCAGUGACAGGAAUGGCCCAAGCCUGCUUCCUGUUUUGAUUUCUUUUUAAACUGAUGGAUGGUGCAGCAUGUCUACAUGGUUGUUUGUUGUUAAACUUUAUAUAAUGUGUGGUUUCAAUUCAGCUUGAAAAAUAAUCUCAUACAUGUAGCAGUACAUUAUAUGUACAUUAUAUGUAAUGUUAGUAUUUCUGCUUUGAAUCCUUGAUAUUGCAAUGAAACUCCUACUUUAUUAAAUGUAUUUGAUAUGCUAGUUAUUGUGUGUGAUUUUAACCUUUUUUUAUUUUUUAAUUUUUAUUUUUUGCUUUCUCCCUUUUCUGGUUGUGUGCUUCCUCUUACAACAAGCUUCUAGAAACAGGUAGUUUCUGAGAAUUCCUGAGCUGUGUUUGUAAUGCAGGUGUACUUAGGGAGUAUGUAAAAUAAUCAUUUUAACAAAAGAAAUAGUUAUUUAAAAUUUAAUACUAACUAUGGGAAAAGGGUUGUAAAACAUAGUUUAUCUUUGGAUUCAAUGUUUGUCUUUGGUUUUACAAAGUAGCUUGUAUUUUCAGUAUUUUCUACAUAAUAUGAUAAAACGUAGAGCAAUGGCAAUGCAUCAAUAAAAUGGGUAAAUUUUCUGA